CUCCCUUCAGAUUCUCUCUUCACGCAGGAGAGAACAGUGGCUGCCAUUUCUCUCGCAGGUGUGUCCUGGCUUAACCAUUAAACAUCAGGUUCAAUCCAGGAACUUUUCCAGCUGAACGCCUAGAAAGACGCCGGGAACGCUUGGCGAAGUUUCACCUGCUUUGGGAAAAAUGUUGGGAAGGAUCGUCUUCUUCCUCUGCCUGCCGUCUGUUUUGGCCGCACAGCUUUGCAAGCCAAAUGCUGCCGAGGGCUUCAAAGUUCGACUCAGCAUCAAAACCGCUCUGGGAGAUAAAGCUUAUGAGUGGAAUAGAAAUCAACGUUUCCUCUUCCAAGCAGCCCUCGCUUUUGCCAUGAGCCAUCACUUGGACCUGGAAUUUGACGUGUCAAACAUCCUCGUGUGUGAUGAGACUCCCAGAGUGUCCUUUUGGUUUGUGGUCACGUCGCCUGACGACCCCUCCCGUCUGGUCGGCAAAAAGAGCGUAGAGUCGGCGGUCAGAGAGUCCAGGAGCCGCAUCAACAACAUCCUCCUGCUCAAUGACGCGACUCUGGAGUUUGUUGGCGUCCUGCCCACCCUGGCAUCCCCCGCUAAACCUGCCACCCCUUCGUGGCUCAUUGUGUUUGGGGUGGUGAUUGGCAUGAUUGGUGCCGGCAUCGUCUUUCUGAUCGUGUCCAUGGUGGUCCAAAAGAAACGCAAGGAGAAGGAGGCGGGAGAGGAGGAGGAGGAGGACGACGAAGAGGCGCAGAUGAAGGGGACAGCUAGGAAUGAAGGCAUUUACAACACUUCGUUCUCAGAAGAUGAUCGAAACACACAAAUGUAAAAAAACAUAAAAAUAAAAUCUUGUGAUGUAAGUCUUCCAUGUAAACAGAUGUAAUGGGAAAAUAAUGUUUGGCUGCUUUGUUCAAAACCAUGUUGGAAAAAGUAAUGUUUGAAUAAUGUGGAAAAUCGUAAUAUAUGACUACGGAGUUGAUCUUUAUGCUUUUAUUUUUGUUCUCAGAUCCUAAAAGCAUGUACUUUUGUUUCUGCCAAUCCCGGCACAUGAAGCACUCUUUCAUUUCCACGCCUGUUCUUCAUUCAAAACAUGUCGUUUUUUUGUGUGAUGUCUGACUUUAAAUAAAAAACUUCUGUAAUAAAUUAA